UAUAUAUUAUAUAUAUACCCUAUAUAUAUGAUGUCUCGGAUGUGUCAUGUUGUUGUGAAACAUUUGAAUCUUCUGCAUCUUCUGGGCUAUUCUCAUUACUGUGUUUGGCAUUGUGUUUUUGUUUCAUAUUGCCAUGACUAGUGAGACGUCAUCGUCUUCAGGAAACACUGAAAUUGCCAUCAGUGACUAUGACGACGAUGACGACGAUGCUAACGGCGAUGUUGCUGACACACGUGCCUUUCUAUGCCCUAUUUGUGAGAAAGGUUUUGCUUCUGACAACGCUAGAUGGCAGCAUGUCAACGUAGAACACAUUUCAAGACGUAUUUCUGUCGGCCACCUUUUUUAAGAAACACGGGCGUAACCUCUGCUCAACUUGUGGGUUUACCUAUUCGAGUUGCUGGACAACAUGCCGUCGCUCGCAAGGUUCCAAUAGUUCUCGUUGUCAAGGUCUGAUGACAGGUCCAGAACAUUCUGCGUGGUUAUCAAAGUCUACUGUCUCAGUUGCGGUUCCUUUGAAUUCGGUUGAGUCUGAACAUUCAUCAUCGUCUCCUUCCAGUAUGGAAAGUUUACCAGAUUCUACCGGCCUUGUUUUGGAAGCGAUUAAAUGGGCUGAGAAGCUUUCCUGCCGCUCUGAUUGUGAAUCAACUUUGUUUUCUUCUCUCAUGAAUGAGAUCAUUUCACUGCCUGUCACUACUGUUAUGCAUAUCCCUCACUCUGCUCGUUCUGAGUUGGCAGAGGUUUUUGCUGCAGAAUUAAAACAUGCAUCUGUGGAUGGUCUCUGGGGAUUCGCUCGAUUCUUUCUCUUUUCAAAAGCAGUUCUCAGAUGUCCUCCUAGGGGAGGCAAGAAGAAGCAAGUUAUUGUCAAGACUAUUCUGUUGUCACGUAUUCGAAGGUGGAAGGAAGGCGAUUUGGUAUCUCUUUGGGAAGAGGCGAGAUUAGAUUCUUAUCGUAGUGGCAAGAAUUUCAAUGCGAACCAUACAUCUCUUGAGUCAGCGAAUGCCAAACAAGCUUUUUCAUUGGCCAGAGAGGGCCGAUAUGGUGAUGCCAUGCGCUUGCUAUCCUCCUCUGGUUGUGCUCCUCACGAUGACCUUUCUGCAGUUUCUGAACUACAAGAGAGACAUCCAUAUCAUUCUCUCCCAGUCUGGAUUACUGAGAUUCCUGCUCCACUUGUUGUUACCUCAAGUUCUGUUUUGGAGGCUUUACGUGGAUUUCCAAAAGCAUCUAGUCCAGGCGGAGCUAAGCUAAGAUGCCAGCACCUACUUGAUGUCAUUGAGGGUUCUACUACAUCUUCAGCCCAAGAUUGUUUAGCAAAUUUGACUGAUUUGGUCUGUUUUCUUCUUUCUGGUCAAGCUCACCCUUCUAUAGCUCCAUGGCUCACAAGCGCUCCUCUCACUGUCUUAUACAAGAAGCAGGGAGGUAUUCGUCCAAUUGCAGUAGGGGUGGUCUUGAGACGCCUAACAAGUCGUUUGUGUUGCUCAGCAGUACGACAGAAUUGUCCAGAUGUCUUCUUGCCUACUGGUCAGAUUGGUGUAGGCAUCUGUGGUGGCUUGGAAGCUGCAGUCCACUCCCUGUCUACAGUUCUUGACAGUCAAGGAAGCAAUCCUGACUUAUGCUGUUUGAAAAUCGAUUUCUCAAACGCAUUUAAGGAAUGUAACCGUUCUUCUUUUCUUGACCGAGUUCACAAAGAUUUUCCUGAGAUUUUUGUAUGGACUCAAUGGUGCUACCACUGUGAAGGAGAAUUAUGAUUUGGCGAUGUUUCUAUAAAAUCAGCAAGUGGAGUCCAGCAAGGAGACCCAUUGGGUUCUCUUCUCUUCUCUGAAGUCAUUCUCAACCUUUUGGAUGAUAUAGCACUUAUUCCAAAUCUCUGUCUUCAAAUUUGGUAUGUGGAUGAUGGCACCUUUGUUGGCUCAUGUUCAUCUGUGGCAGGUCUUCUGAAUCAGUUGUCUUCAAUUGGCCCUUCCCAUGGGUUACAUCUCAAUAUGAGUAAAAGUGAAGUCUUUUGGCCUUCAGGCGACAGGUGUUUUCCAAAUUUUCCAAUCGAAGUCCAAAGGGUUGAAGAUUCACUUGGAGGAGCUGAGCUGUUGGGAUCACCUAUGUUUGGAUCCGACUCUUUAUGUCAAGUACUGCCAAACAUAUUGACAAGGUCUUGCUAUGUCAAAAUCAUCUUCAAGAUUUACAGGACCCCCAAGUGGAGCUUCAUCUGCUACGCACAUGUCUCAGCAUAUGCAAGAUCAACUAUCUACUGAGGAAUGUUUCUCAUGACAAAAUCUCUCUUCAGUUGAGUAGAUUCGAUAAUGGCAUGCGCAGGUGUUUAGAGAGGAUUUCACGAUCCUCUUUACCUGACUCAGCUUGGUCUCAAGCCACGCUACCUAUUCGUUUGGAGGACUGGGUUUGAGAGAAGCAUGCAAUUCAUACUCAGCAGCCUUUAUCGGCAGUUGUAACUCCACGAGGGAUUUAUCCUGCCAGUUGCUAAAAACUUUUGUCUCUUCAUUUGUUGCAGAGGAAGCAACUGUAUCAAGUAACCAUCCAGACUUGGUUGUUCCUGGUGAACUUCAAUCUCGUGAACAUCUGAACUCGAUUCUUCUGCAAACAGCACUAUUUGUCUAACAACGUCUAAGUAACAUGACAUUCAAGUCAUCUUUGACUCUUCUUUGCAAUCACAAAUCAAGGCUUCUGCCAGUCUUCGAGACAAAGCACGGCUAAAUACAAUUUCAGCUCCUUUUGCAGGUUCAUGGAUUAGGGCAAUACCCAACCCUGUCUUCGGCCUUACCAUGUCUGCACAGGAGUAUAUUGUUUGUCUGCAUCUUUGGCGGGGCAUUUGCUUAUUUCCUCUUCCACCUUCUUCCAGCAGGUGCUACUGUGGUUCCAUUUUGGACAGUCACGGAGAUCAUGUUCUAGGCUGCCACAGUGGCUCCCUGAGAAACAAACGUCACAAUGCUUUGUGUGACAUUAUAUUUCAUUGUCUCCAGACGAACAACUCAGGAACUCGACGUGAACAACGCUGUACUAGUGAGAAUCAAUCAAGACCAGGAGACGUCUUUCACCCUGAUUUUUUGCAAGUUCGUUCCGCAUAUUUUGAUCUUUCUGUCAGAAAUUCUCUUCAACCAUCUUAUAUCAUCUUUUCCGCCAACACAGCUGGUACUGCUGCAGCAGCAGGGGAGAUGGGAAAAGAUCAUCGCCAUCUUUUGAACGUUGAGUGUACUGGUUCUCUCUUUUAUCCUCUAGUGGUAGAGACGUUUGGUCUGUGGUCUUCAUCCAGCUCAAAGUACUCAAAGACAUCGCUAGGAAGACUACCAUCACCAGUGGACUUACUAUUAGCAAGGCUUCAACUUACUUACAUGAACGUUUAUCUGUCUGUUUGUGGAAAUAUAAUUAAAAAAUGAUUUUAGCAUUAUUAGCUGUUAGCUCUGUUUCUGAUAAAUGGGACUCAUACUUGUAUGUUUAGAGUUGUAUUAUGCAGUCACCUUUAGGUGGUGGGACUAUAAUUAUAUUAUAAC